AUGGCGCUGCGAGGAGUUCGCGUCGUGGAGCUAGCCGGCCUGGCCCCGGGCCCGUUCUGCGGCAUGAUCCUCGCGGACUUCGGGGCGCAGGUGAUGCGUGUGGACCGGCUGGGCAGCCGCGGCGACAUCAGCCAUUUGGGCCGGGGCAAGCGCUCUAUAGCUGUUGACCUGAAGCGGCCGCGGGGCGCGGCGGUGCUGCGGCGUCUGUGCGCCGGGGUAGACGUUGUGCUGGAGCCCUUCCGCAGUGGUGUCAUGGAGAAACUCCAGCUCGGCCCAGAGAUUCUCCAGCAGGUGAAUCCAAAGCUCAUCUAUGCCAGGUUGAGUGGAUUUGGCCAGACGGGAAGGUUCUCAGGGGUAGCAGGGCAUGAUAUCAACUAUUUGGCUUUGUCAGGUGUUCUAUCAAAAAUCGGUAGAAGCGGUGAGAACCCGUAUGCCCCUCUGAACCUUCUGGCUGACUUUGGUGGUGGUAGCCUCGUAUGUGCACUGGGCAUCAUGAUGGCUCUUUUUGAACGCACGCGCACCGGCAAAGGACAGGUCAUUGAUGCCAACAUGGUGGAAGGGACAGCGUAUCUGAGUUCUUUUCUAUGGAAAACUCACAAAGUGGGACUGUGGGAACAGCCUCGAGGCCAGAAUUUGUUAGACGGUGGAGCUCCUUUCUACACAACUUACCGGACAGCAGAUGGGGAGUUCAUGGCUGUUGGAGCAUUAGAACCCCAGUUCUAUGAGCUGCUGAUCAAGGGGCUUGGGCUAAAUUCUGCUGAACUUCCUAAUCAGAUGAGCAUGGCUGAUUGGCCAGAAAUGAAGAAGAAAUUUGCUCUUGCAUUUGCAAAGAAGACAAAGGCUGAAUGGUGUCAGAUCUUUGAAGGCACAGAUGCUUGCGUGACUCCUGUCCUGACGUUUGAGGAGGUUGCCCAUCACGAUCAUCACAAAGAGAGGGGCUCGUUUAUUACCGAUGAGGAGCAGGGCGUAAGCCCUCGCCCUGCCCCUCUGCUGUCGAGCACUCCCGCUACCCCUUCUUUCCGAAGGGAUCCUUUUGUAGGAGAACACACUGAAGACAUACUUAAAGAAUUUGGGUUCAGCCAGGAAGAGAUUGAUCAGCUUAACUCAGAUAAGAUAAUUGAAAUUCAUGAAUUAAGAGCUAAUCUCUAACUUCUAGGCUCACAGCUCAAGUGAAUUUGACUAUUGCAUUUACAGUAUCAAUAAUACAUAUGACUGUGUGCAUGGAAUGUGAAAGAACAGUAUCAUAGUGUUUGACCUCUUCGAAUCGAGAAAUCACAAAAGACUCUUGAUUACUCAGUAAUGAUUAAAUUCUAGCAAUGGCUAACAGCAUGGCCUUUGAUUUAGGAAUGUUUUCAUAUUUUCUUACCUUCCAGUUUACCCGACGGAGUAUAUUGAUUAAAAUA